UGGGCACCGGACUCCGGUAGAAUUUGACGCGAGCGGUUUUACGUUUUAGUAGUACUCGGCGAGACACCGGCUCGUUACGCGCGUUAAAAACAGGUGCGAGAACCGUUUCAUACAAGGAAGAUUUUGGUGGCGUUUUAAGGGGAUUUCGUUUGUUUUGUUGUGAUAUAAGUACGUUUAUCGGAUGUAUCAGUGAUUUGAUAUUGAAUUUAUCAGUGUGUUCUUUGCGCGGUAAACUAUUCUGCCUAAAUUUCCUGUGAUGUGAGAUGUUUGACGCUUGUCAAACAGCGGGACCAAAGUGCACUGAAGUGGCGGAAAAAAUUGUGCAACUGUUCGGUUGGCGGCAAACGUAUAAUGUGGAAAAGUUGCAACGAAACGUUCCUGGCAGGGCCACCACCAGGAUAUCCAUCACCAGGCCCAACACGGAAAAACACAUUAUAAAAAAGGGUACCGAUUCGUGGGUUUCCGUCCAUAACCUUCAGUCGCAAGGCGGGGGUAUUCUGGACCCCGAUGAUAAAUUAAACGACGUCGCCGACGAUAGGGAGCAAAUUUUGGCCAGCUUCGAAGAUGGCGAAGGCGCCCAUAUACAUGGAGGAGGCGACGGUGCAAGCGGUAGCUCUGUGGGUACUGGCAGUCCAGAUAUAUUCCACGAUGGCGAUCACAAAUACGGACCCAAUUAUCCAAGGACAGAUAUCGAAGUCACCGGUGAACAGAUAGCAUCUGGUGUGCCGGGUGUUCUACAAGUGAGAAGAGGUAGCGAGCCGGCGCUGAACCAACUUCCGGUCGGACCUCCGGCCCCAUCGGAGCACACGAAACGAUGGAGCGCCGCCCCGCUGAUCCUGGAGCCGCCCAGUUCCGGGUACGCGAGCCCGGACUGGAUGGAGGACUCCAGGGAAGAGGACGAGGAUCACAGCGGAUUUAAACGGGUUGGCCAGAACGGAAGCAACAGGUUGUCGAUGCAGUUUCUCGGAGACGGUGCAGGUUACCGUUGGGCAGAAGCAGCGGACCGCGCGGCGAACUCGCGCCCCAUCCACCAGAGCACCUCGCUGCCGCGCGAGACCCGCCGCAAAGAGCCUCUAGGGCAAGCUAACAGCACCGCCGCCCCCAGCCGCCUGUCGCCUCACGUAUCGUCGCCGAAAUCGCUGCUGAUCGCUGCCGGCGGCGACCUCGUCGUCAUACGCAACGAACCCGGCCCGCUGGGUAUUCACGUGGUGCCCGACUACGACCGCUCGGGCAAAGACAGGGGACUGAUGGUGCAGGGGAUCGAGCCUGGAGGUAGGAUCGACAGGGAUGGCAGGUUGGCCAUCUACGAUAGGAUUGUGGAGAUCAAUGGGACCUGUUUGAUUAAUAUGCCCUUUCAAAGGGUUCAAGAGAUGUUUAAACUUUCACUUAUUUCUCCAGAAUUAAGAUUGAAAGUGAUCAAGGCAUCUGGCUUGGAAAGUCUAAGAAAACCUCCUGCACCAGUUUAUCCUGCAUACCCUGAGGAUAAAGAAAACGUUCUGGUGGAAUGCGAACAAAAACGUCUUGUUGCAGAGAGUACAAACACGAAAGUGGCUACCGUGUCACCCACAAAGAAAGUCCCGGCAAUAUCCAAAAACCUCAAGUCAGGUCUUCUAACAGCAAACACCCGUAAAAUAGGUCGCAAAAUCGAAAUCGAACUUACAAAAGGACCUCACGGCUUAGGCUUCAGCAUCACAACCAGAGACAACCCAGCGGGCGGAAACUGCCCGAUUUACAUCAAAAACAUCAUCCCCAAAGGGGCGGCAGUGGAGGACGGGAGGUUGAAAAUUGGAGACAGGCUGUUGGAGGUUAAUGCUGUGGAGAUGACUGGUAAAAGUCAGUCGGAGGCUGUGGCUGUCCUGAGGAAUGCUCCUCCAGGCAGCAAGGUUAGAAUUGUGGUGUCCAGGCAGGAAGAUGUCCCGGAUACAUUGCCAAGAGUUAUGGAUUCUAAUCAUAAAGAAAAAGAGGAACGCGUCCCAGAACCAGCGGCAACAUUCGGCAACCCGAAUAAUAAUAAUAUAAACAACGUAAACAACGGUGACGUGCCGCCCAACAUUCCCCCGCUGCCGCAGAGCCAUCUACAGGCGCUGCAACAAAAUAAGGGCGGCAAUCCUUUGGAAAAAAGCAACUCCGUCGCGAAAAUGAUCAGCCAUUUUCAGGAUGCCGCGAACAUAUCGAUCAAUAGCGUAUCGGAUAAAACCGACGACAGCAUGGUGUUCCCGUGGAAGCACCGCGAAAUCCUAACCUUGAACAUCCCGGUGCACGACUCUGAGAAAGCCGGUCUGGGCAUCAGCGUGAAGGGCAAAACCAGCGGCACCCAGGACCUGGGCAUCUUCAUCAAGAGCGUGAUCAACGGCGGCGCCGCCUCCAGAGACAAGAGACUGAGAACCAACGAUCAACUGUUGAACGUCAACGGGAUCUCGUUGCUGCAACAAUCGAACAGCGACGCCAUGGAAACGUUGCGUAAGGCGAUGUUGCACACCGAGGGUCCCGUGCCCGGCAACAUCACUCUGACGAUUGCCAGAAGGGCGGCGUCUCCCGGUGCCAACAGAAGCUUCAAUAGAUCUGAUGAAAGUCUUCUAAACAAAUCGAGCAGCUCGCAACCAGAAAUCUACAGCAAACCGAACGACGGAUACAAAUCUUCCGACAUGUACAAAUCAGCGGAAUCAUCGGAAUCCACCACGAACGAUAAUUCCGGGGCGAGUGGCGGCUCAACGAACACUGUAAUUUUUAAUCCGCACCCGAACGGCGUCGAUAACAAACAAAUGACGAGUCCUCCGUUGAGUCCGAUGCAUACGUGGAAUCCUGUUUUGGAGAGGUUAACGGGAAAUAGCUGCAAACAGCCGCAGCUGAGGAACGAGAGUUACUAUAAGGCUGCACAUGAUAGUUGGAGUAGCAGUAUGAUGGGCAAUAAUUCCUAUGGGAAUAUGACCAGUACCACUGUAAACAUGACACCUGCAGAGCCAAUUUUGAUUGAAGAUGAAUACGGUUCACGCGUGAUUGACCAUCAAAACGCAAGGAUCAACGUUAUGAUGACGAACAAAAUGUACCUAUCGAACGGCAGUCUGCCGGAAAACCGCAGCGAUCACGAACCGGACGGUAAAGCUUCACUUUCGGGCGGCAACGGCGAUAAAAGCGUCGAAACGUCGCAAAACUCCGCCGUUCCGCCCACCGACGCCACCUACGCCAGCCAACUGUCGCUCGAAAAUCCAAAGGGGUUCUCCAGGGACGCCUUUGGCAGGCAAAGCAUGUCGGAGAAACGACACGCGACCCUGGACGCGAAAAGUACCGACACCUAUCAGAGGACCAAGAAGAUGAGAGAAGAGAGGAUCAAGAGCAAAGAGAACGCAGACAAGUUAGGGCAACUGGGACCUUCAUUGGGCAUGAAGAAGUCAUCAAGUUUGGAGUCGUUGCAAACUAUGGUUCAGGAGAUUCAAAUGCAAGAAGAAGCCGAUCCGGCUUACAGCUACAGAGGUCCAAGUGGCGCCCUGAAAGUAAUAAGAGGUAGAGGCUGCGAGGAAAGCUUCAGAGCGGCGGUCGUGGAUCCGAAUCAUCGAAACGAGAUGGGUGCGAAAAAACACUGGUUGCUAGACGGUCCUUUGGAGAACGAGAGAGAAAUAGACGGCUUUAAUAACGUUAGAGGUGCCCCGAGGCAAUCCUCCCUGAACGCUGCCAUCGACAAGAAAUCCGGCAAAAAGAAGCCCGGACUUCUCAAGGGUAUCGGGUCCAUGUUUAGGUUCGGUAAACACCGUAAGUUGGAUUUCCCCGUGCAAGAACAGCAACACUAUCAUCACACGAACGAGUUCGAUUCCAAUGCGAACCCUCAACAGCAACAAUCACAAAAACACGAAGUCGCGGAUAGCGACAAUCAACAUCACGCUGAAAACCAAAGCACCAAAUCAACGGAAAGACUGCAAGAUCAACAAUUGGCCAAUCAAAGUCAGAAUUCGCAACAUUCCCAGCACUCGCAACAUUCCCAGCAAUCACAACAUUCCCAGCAACAGCAACAAAUGCAGCAACAGCAGCAGAAUCAGCAGCCACACAAUAUGCAUCAACAGAUUUAUCAGAGGCAUGGCCUAAUACACCGACAUGCUGAACAGGUACAGGUUAUCCCUGAAAAUUCAGUGGCUCCACCUGUAAAAUACCGUAACGAGAGAAGAGAUCGUAAAUUCCACGAACAAAGAUUGGCACAAAGGCAUACUUAUUAUCCGACUGAAGAGCGGGAAAAUAUUUAUGAUCACCGUGUACAACAGCAGCAGCCGAUUCCUCGUCAAUCUGAAAUCUACGGCGAGCUGUACGGUCGCCCUGGCAGUCGUUCGGGCAUCACCGAGCCCCCGGUCCCCUUCACGCACUACGUCAACUACAACGAGUUGCAGACUCACCUGAGCCGCAAAGACCCCCUAUCUGACAGUCAGAUAAUUCAGAUGCGUCUGCAAGUUCAACAGCAAAGAUUAAAGGUGGAGGAAGAAAGCCGAAAACAACACCAAUAUCAUUCACAACGGCAACCAAGGACGGACAAUUCGUUAAGACCCGUGUCUAACUAUUACGAAUAUGAAAGUGUGCAAUCAGUAUUAAUAAACAAUAGGGGAAAUCGUCAAAACAUUCCAAUUCACAACAUGCAAUCAACUCAACCCCCUCCAAUGUACCAGGAUACGAAUUCCAACUCGUUGCCCAGGCAACAGCAACAACAGCAGCAGCAGCAACAAGUCCAGGGUCGGCUUCAGAUGAGGGGACAAAGGGGACCCUUUGUAACACACGUCACAAUAGGAGAGAAUCAACAAAAUGGGACUAAAGUGUAAAUAAUUGUUUUUAGAAUUAAUUUAAAUCAUUUUUAUAGACUUGUAAUUUAUCAUGUGCUCAUAAAAUUAUUUUUUAAAAAUAUUCCAAUAAUUAGGCUAUUGCCAUCUAUUCUUUUAUUGUGUAUAUAGAUCGUAUAUAUUUUU